GCUGACUGCAAGAGUUGGAUCUCGGAUUGACGCUUGUUUAACAUGCCCCAACUACGACGAAAUAAGCAGGAGGAAAAGGACUAUCAGAUCAUACAAGCGUUGCUCAAAGAACCUGCGAACAAGAAGUGCUUCGAUUGCCCCAACAAGAUACCAUCAUACGUUAAUUUAAGCAUUCAAACGUUCAUUUGUUCAAGAUGCUCCGGUUUGAUUCGAGAAGUUGGCCACCGCGUCAAAUCUCUGACUGCAAGUAAUUUCUCCGGGCCGGAAACUGUCGCCCUCCAGAAUGGUGGCAAUGCUGUGGCACAAAGAAUUUGGCUAAGUCACUACAAAGGCACUGCACCGGAACCAGAAACCGAUUCCGAUGUUCGCUGGUUCAUGCGACAAAAGUACUACGACUCCAAGUGGUGUAACCAGGAGCUAUUGAAAUCACACAUGGAAAAGGUGCAGAGUGAGAUAAAGGAGCUUUUCAAUGCAGAUGGUCAACGUCGGCCUAUAGCAAAGCUAGCAACACGGCGUCAGUCGGAAGCGAUCGAGCCUCCUCCUCCUACACCUAAGAACAACAUACCUAAACCGCACAUAAAUACGAACGUCGCGGACGAGAAUAUAAAGUCAUGGAUUGAUGACAAUAUACCAUUAGGUCUAUCUCAGACAACACUGCGUCAGAGUAGCGUGAACUCGCCUAUAGAUUUAAUUGAAACAUCCGCUUCUACUCCGCUUUACUCUCAAACAUUUGCGUCAAUGCCGUUGUCAGCAAGGGCCAUACCAGUAGCUUCAGUACCACCAUCUCCUUCAACGAAAAGCUCGGAAAGUAGCCUGUUUGAUGAUCUUGCAUCGUUGCAAAUUGGAACUCAACCCAAACUUCCAGCGUAUGAAGGUGGUAUGUUGAGCCCUAGGCAAAUAGGACAAGCUACAACAUCUCAUCUCCCAAAUGUUACAUCAAAACUAUCAUCCAACACAGCAUCAUCGACAUCAAUAAGGUCAAGUAACGGUUGUAAGUAAAUUUUAUACGUCAACGCAUGAAAUAUAUCUAGCAUUGAUCAAAGCUUGCUUUCAGCAUCAAGUACUAUAAAUGCAAGUUGGAAUCAUAGCGAUCCAUAUGCAGAACUGCGUAACUUCUCUGAACUAGAUCAAAGGCCCACCACAAAUAGUGACGCUAACUCGCGGCCUUACAUGAGUAUAUCGAACGCGGGAAAACAAACUUCAGCAUCAUUCAUGAUGCCAGCAGGACAAUCCCGCACAUCGAAACCACCAGCUGCUCGUGGAGAUAAUUUUUUUGACAGCCUAGAUCCUUUCAAUAUG